CACUUAAGUGGACUUGUGUCGUCAUCAAUGUGUGACUAAAAUGGGUGAAAGGUGUUUCAGUCAGUCGUCGGGUGAUUGGGGUGAGUAUCAACGUUGAAGAUGAACCUGAACAAACUUUUUGUUUUGUCAAGAUCGGCAAAUCUUGGAAGAAAUUUGUUUGCUGUUCGAGUUGCUCAAAAAGGAGAUUGUCUGCAUCGCUUUCAGUCGCGGCGCUUCAUUAGAUCCAGUGCGAGGAGUUUGGCAUAUGCCAAAGAUCUUUUCCUGGGCAAAGUAAACAAGGCUGAAGUCUUCCCCUAUCCAGAAAUAACCAAUGAAGAAUUAGAGGAGCUAAACCAACUUGUUCAGCCUGUGGAGAAGUUUUUCAGUGAAGACGUUGAUUCUAAGAAGAUUGACCAUGAGGCUGUAAUUCCUCCUGAGACUUUAAAUGGGCUGAAAGAACUGGGGCUGUUUGGGAUCCAGAUACCUGAAGAAUAUGGCGGUCUGGGCCUCUCAAACACCAUGUAUGCCAGGUUAGGAGAGAUCACGUCUUUAGAUGGGGCUAUUGCAGUCACCCUUGCAGCACAUCAAGCCAUUGGCCUGAAGGGAAUAUUGAUAGCUGGAAAUGAAGCUCAGAAAGCAAAAUACCUGCCCAAACUUGCAACAGGAGAGCAUAUUGCAGCGUUCUGCCUUACUGAACCUGGAAGCGGGAGUGAUGCUGCAUCUGUACAGACACGCGCCACACUGACGGAAGAUGGAAAGCACUUCUUGCUCAAUGGCACAAAGUUUUGGAUUUCCAAUGGGGGCUGGGCGGACAUCAUGACUGUGUUUGCCAGAACUGAAGUUGUUGACAAAGACGGUCAAAAGAAAGAUAAGAUCACAGCUUUCAUUGUAGAGAGGGCAUUCGGUGGUGUGACCAGUGGCAAACCUGAAGACAAACUGGGUAUCAGAGGCUCAAACACCUCUGAGAUCACAUUUGAAGACACCAAGGUGCCAAUUGAGAAUGUAAUCGGUGAAGUCGGCGGUGGUUUUAAGGUUGCCAUGAACAUUCUGAACAAUGGGCGCUUUAGCAUGGGCAGUGCAGGUGCAGGGAUGAUCAAGAAGCUGAUCGAGUGGACUUCAGAAUAUGCAUGCACAAGAAAACAAUUCAGCAGGAGCCUUUCUGAGUUUGGAAUGAUUCAGGAUAAGUUUGCUACCAUGGCCCUGAAUGCGUUUGUGAUGGAGAGCAUGGCUUACCUCACUUCUGGAAUGAUGGACCGACCCGGAGUCCCAGACUGCUCUCUGGAGGCUGCUAUGGUCAAGGUCUUCAGCUCUGAGGGCAGCUGGAUCUGUGUGAGUGAAGCCCUGCAGGUUUUAGGAGGGCUAGGCUUCACCAAGAACUACCCCUACGAACGCUACCUGAGGGACUGCCGCAUCCUCCAGAUAUUUGAGGGCACUAAUGAGAUUUUGAGGAUGUACAUUGCACUUACCGGAAUGCAGUAUGCCGGCCAAAUACUAACAGGAAAAAUAAAAGAGAUGAAGAAGGGAAAUGUGGGGGUGGUGUUUGAGAUUCUGGGAAAGAAAUUGAAGGACUCCGUGGUGAAGACGGUGGACUUUGGACUGACCGGCAAAGAUGGUGUUGUGCACCCCAGUCUGACGGAGAGCGCCAAAAUGUUUGAGCAGAACGCUGCACACUUCGGCUCCACUGUGGAAGGCUUACUGUACCGGUAUGGAAAGACAAUCGUUGAGGAGCAGCUCGUGCUGAAGAAAGUUGCAGAUGUGUUAAUUAACCUCUACGCCAUGACAGCCGUCCUAUCCCGCACCAGUCGCUCCAUUAGCAUCGGCCUGCGCAACCAUGACCAUGAGGUGCUGCUCACCAACACUUUCUGCAAGGAUGCUCAUUUCAAGAACAACUUCUUGUUGACUCAGCUUCAAAAAAAUUCCCCGGAGAACAACGAUGCCAACAUAAAGAAGAUCGCCGAAGAGGUCUUGGCCAAGAGGGCGUAUGUUUGCUCACAUCCUCUGGACAGAACCUUCUGAGAUGGCUCUCGGUGUCCAACAGGCAACCUUGUGUCUCAAUUUAACCCGACAAAAGUGAGAGGAACUGCUGCGAUUAUUAAAUUAAUAUACUUAUGUUUCUCACAAUAUGCAGUAUUGAUCGAGCCUCACUGUUCAAUGUUUUAGUUCUUUUUAUGUCAGUUUUCUAUGACAUAUAGUGUCACCUAAGUGCGUCUUAACCCUCUGGUUGUGUUCGGAUUCCUGUCACACUUGUAGUGUGACCGGACUCCAAACAACUGCUUAUAAAUCUCUCAUUAUUAUUCUAUAUUAUCACCAAAUAUUGGAUUCAUUCUUUUUGUCACCUUGUUUUCUUUCAUUUAGGAUUGGUUUUGUGUUUCUAUUUGCAUCUGAUUAAUCGUAGGCCUCAUUUAUCUGAGAGUAGGUACCUCGUUUGGAGUCCGGUCACUUUUGACCGGGAACACCACAAGUGUGACUUUGUGCAAUUUUGUACAGUUUUGCCUACUUUCAGAUAAAUGAGGUCUAUGAUUAAUAAGAUGCAAAUAGAAACACAAAACCAGUCCUAAAUGAAAGAAAACUAGUUGACAAAAAGAUUGAAUCCAAUAUUUGGUGAUAAUUGUACAAAAUAAAAGCAUUUAAAAGCAAACUUCCUUAAUAAACAUUAAAGCACACUAGUGUGAUACACAGUGCAAAUUUUCAUAAUUUAUCUCAUACUGUGAAAAUUAUUCAUAAAAAAUUAAUUCACUCAAAAAACAAGGUACCUUCUCUCAGAAGAAUGAGGCCUGCAAUUAAUAAGAUGCAAAUAGAAACACAAAACCAGUCCUAAAUGAAGAAAACAAGUUGACAAAAAGAAUGAAUCUAAUCUUUAGUGAUAAUAUAGCAUAAUAAGAGAUUUAUAAGCAGUUUAAGAGUCUGGUCAUUUUUGACCGGGAACACCACAAGUGUGACUAGGUGAAAUAAAACCCACAAAAAAUUACGAAAAUUUAAAAAAAAAUUCAGAGAAGUACUUAUACCCUGCGUGAUCAAAGUCAGUAAGUUUGAGUCAAAUGCGAUAACAUUAACUAGUAUUUUUGGGAAAAAGAAAAUCUUUUCUGGGUCAAUUUGACCCGGACACAACCAGAGGGUUAAUAUUGGUUGAAUGACAUUAAAGGAUAGUUCACCCAAAAAUGAAAAUUCUGUCAUAAUUAUUCACCCUCAUGACGUUCUAAACACGUAAGAUCUUCAUUCAUCUUCAGAACACAAAUUAAGAUUUUUUUGAUGAAAUCCGAGAGCAUGAAGAAAAAAUUUUCAGGUUUGGAAUGACAUGAGGUUUUCAUUUUUGGGUGAACUAUCUCUUUAAAUCCAAGUGAUUAGCAAUAACUUUAAUUCACAUGUAAGGUGAUGUCUUUGUUGGUCCUCAUCUCUAUGAUGUUUCUGCUGUGUUUGAAGUUUGCAGUUAUCUUGGGUGUCUUUGGGGCUUCAGCAGGUUUCUGGAAGGAGUGUAUGCUUUUCUCUUGAUCUGUGAGUGGUAAAACGCUACGCUUGUGCAGGAAUGAAUGCGGCCUCCAGUAAUCUCUGUUAAAAAAUAUGCACGUUAACAUCAGGGCAGUUUAAAAUGUGAUUAAUUUUUUCUCAUUUCUGCACCCCAGAAUGCUUCCAGAACAUUCUGGGUGUUUGUUUCGAGAAUUUAUAUAAGACGUGUGAACGGUUCGCAUUCCUUUCCAAAUUGUGGUGCACCAAUGUAGCCUGUUAUUAAUUAUUAAAACAGUACAAACUGAAACACAAGGAUUAUGUCUAACCUGAAGUGGAAUUUGCUGAACUGGGACGAGUAUCUUGGAAUUGCGUUUUUGUCCCAGCUCAGGCUGUGGUUCUGAAACAGUCCAGGAGCAAAUGGAAUAUUGGCCUCUCUCUCUGCUGAGCCGGUCUUUUCAGAAGGCUGGACCACAGAAAUAACGGGAAUAGGCUGAGGGGAAAAAAACGGAUUAGAUCUUGAAAAGCAAGUUGAAACGUUUUUUUUUUUUUAAAAACUCUCUGUUAUAAGACAUAACAGUCUAUGUUUAAAACUGUUUUAAGUUAAUCUAACAAUAAAUCUGAUUUCAUUUUCAAAAUGAUA